CAACGUUGGUAAGCCAAUGUUUCUCACUUUAAUUCUCUCUUAUUCCUGUUCAAUAUUAUUGAUUUCAAUGGCUCCUUCAACGUCACAAAAAUUCAACAGGCGAAAGUCAACUUUGAAGAACAAAGCUCAGCAGCUGCAGACACUGAGUGAUGUUAUGGUUUGCAUGGUGUGCUUUGGGAACGACGGCGAGGUCACCACAUGGCCAGAAGACAAACCCCAGGUUCAUCAAACGAUCAUCAAGUACAAAUUAGCUCGAUUCAGAGACAGAUCAAAGGAGAAACUCAAUAACCCCAAGUGCAAUUUGAAUCUCCUAGGUUUCUUGGCCAGCAAGAAACGAAAACUCCAGAAAUCCAAGAAGCGAAAUCCCCAGAAGAAGAAGAAGAAGAAGGACAUUGAGAAUUUGUUUUUAAAGUGGGAAACGAAGUUGAAUAUGUUGCAAGAAAAGGAACUGGUGGCUCUGUGUAAUUGCUUGGAGUUGAAGUUACGUGACUCAAGAGAGCAGAUUAAGCAAGUGAGAAUGAAGGAGAAGGAGAAGGGGAAGGCAAUUCAAAUUUAUAACAACAAUGGAGACUGUAAUUUGGAGAGUCAACAAGAAGUUUUAGCAUCACCAAGUGAAUUUUGCAGUCGCAGUGAUGCCUUGUGGGGGGGUAACAGUGAGAUUUUUUUCCUUCCAGGAGAAAAUUGCGAUGGCAAUUAUGUGGGUAAUUGUUAUGACGAUCUCUUGUUGGGGGAUGGAACUGAAAAAAUUAGGAAUACUAAUAAUAUUUUGAAUCCUUGUGAAUCCAUGGCUGGUUAUACAGUAACAACACAGUUGCAUGAAGCUUCGUGGGGGGUGUAA